AUGACGUCGCUCUCAUUGUCGCUAGGCCCGCCAGCCUUAGUCCGGCUCCACGACGCCUUAAUAUGCCUGUCCAAAUUCAGCGAAACAGUCGCCAUCGAAGCAGAGCCUGACCUCCGCCCUCAAUUCCACCAAGACGGGGUUUGCCUCCUUCGCGUUCGAAAGGGGGAAUUCUUUGAGGCAUAUUCUUUCAACUCCAGCAACGGCAGGAGUGGCAGUGUUUUGCUGGAACGGUUUUUCUGCCAGAUCUAUAACAAAGCACUUCUCUCCAUAUUCCGCGGGAGAAUUGACAGGAACAAGGACACAGCCGUGGAACGCUGUGACAUGGAAUUGCAUGAAGAUCUGCAGCAAGCUGAGUGUAGACUAACAGUGAAGAUGAUUUGUGGACUAGGCGUGAUCAAAUCAUACAAGUUGACCUACGAACCAGCGGUUGUGCAGCAUGCCGUCUUCGAUAAGUCCAAAGCUACCAGCAUGUGGACUGCUGAUCCACGGUUCCUCAAACAGCUCAUUGAGCACUUUAGCUUAUCUGCCGAGCAGCUGGACAUGUACUCUGAUUCCGGCAGAGCGGUGUUCACAAGCUUCACAACAAAAAUCACCGAUGGCAAGGAAGUACUAAAACACCCAGUUCACACGUCCGUGGCAGCAGACAAGCGCGACUUCCAAGAGUACUUAGUCGAAGAGAACAUGCACGUCGCGAUCAACCUGAAAGACUUCAAAGCCGUAGUUGCGCAUGCCGAAACGGCAACCGCCACCGUAACAGCACGGUACACCCGACCCUGCAAGCCUCUGCAACUGGAGUACCGAUUCGAAGGCGCCAGCGCAGAAUUCACAGUCAUGACCCGCGGCCAGGCAGAUAGUGAAGACGUCCCCACGUCAACACGCGGGACAAUCCCACGGCAAACGCCCGCGCCUGUCUCAAUCUCAGCGAUCAGGCAGCGCGAUACUCGCCCAUCGGUGACACCAAGUACUCAGAUGCCCCCGCCGCCACCGAGAAGCAGAUCGAUCCGUCCUCUUAAUGGGUCAUCUACGCAGGAGAAUCUGAGCCAGAAACUUAGCGCAGAUCGACCGGUGGCGUCUGGUCUUUCGAUGGAAUUCGAUAGCCUUUUCGUGCCUGCUGAUGACGACCGGCAAUGGGAUGAGAUGAAUGAAGAAGAGGAACCACAGGAUAUUCUUGGGUGGGAUGCGUCGGGAACGCAGGACGCAUUCGGGGCAUCUAUUCGCGAUGCGGAGCCUUCCUUCUCGAAACACAAUGGUUCUCAUGCCGAAGAGGCAGACGAUGAGAUGGGUCUUCCGCCGACACAGCGUUUGUCUCAAGUUCGCCAAUACGGUCUUUUCGACUGA